UCAAAGAAUGAGUGCAACAUACAAAUGCUGAUAGCGUAUCCUAGAAAGCUCUAUGUUUUAAUAGAAAAACUGAAAUUUCUUAGGGUCUGUCUGUUUUAAAGUUUAGUUGAAUGAAGUUUAAUAAAUUUAACUUAAUUAUAAUUAAAUUCGAGAGGAUAGAUUUGUGCGAAAUGGUAAUGUAAAAGUAAGGUUAAAAAAAGGUUUUGGAUUGGAUAGUAAGAUAAAAUUACUUUUGUGGUGUAAAUAUAGAUAUAGUUUGUAGAUGAAUGAAUUGUUCGAAAUAGAAAAGUAUAAGUUCGCACUGAAGUCACAUACUUUUGUCUAAUUGGGAAAACUACCCAACACAAUUCAGGUCAAUGCUUUGUUUGGUAGAGAUGAUUUUGUAAAGAGAGUUAGAGAGGGGAGAGGAGUCCAACCUUGUUUGGUAGGACUUAGGAGGGAGUGAGAUAGGGAAGAGAGAAAAGUGGGACCCAAACCCAAUACCUUUUUGUAGUGUCCCCAAAUUGAAGAGAAAGUGGGAGAGAAUGUGUCAUUUUUUACUGUCUUACCCAUUGUAUCCAUCUACCAUUAUCACACUUAUUUUAUUAAUUAAUAUUUAUAUUUUUAAGGUAUUUUUUGUCAUUUACUUUAAAACAAUCUUAUUUCUUCUCACUCACUAUUCAACCAAGCAAGCGGAGAGAGUGUCCAUAUCAUUCUUUCUUUCUUUCUCUUUCUAUAAUACUCCCAAACAACCUACAAAAUCUACUCUCUUCACCUCUCUCUCUCUACACUUUUUCUUCCCUCUUCUCUUUAUCUCUUAUAAACCAAACAAAGCAUAAAUGAAAUUAAUUUUAACACUAAAACGUAAUUAUUUUCAGCUAAUGUUAAUGUAAAACAAACAGGCUCAGUUUUGUGAAGUCAAAAUCAAAUGAAUGAACAGUUAUUGGAUGAUUUUUAAGUCAUUGUCUCAAUAGUAAAGCAAAAAAUUGAAAGGAAUGGUGUGGAUUAAGAUUUUGUUGCUUGGUCUCUAGCUUGUAAUCCAGUUGAUAUUCAGUCAAACUUUCGUGCUGAUUUGAUGUAUGCUGAUAGGAACCCAGAUAUUAGUAGUCCUAGUAUUGCUAAGGUAUUUGUUAGGAAGGGUAGAAAGGGAAAUAAAAUUGAUUCCCACUAGUGAUAACUGCCAAGCUGAUGUGGCAGUAUCUUCAGGGUGCUAGGAGUGUGAAAGAGAGAGAAUGCUGAGGUGAGAAUGGCUAUAUAAGCGUGUAUUGUGAGAGAGAGGUUAGGCUUGAAUUGGGUUUAGGCUUGGGACUUGGGAGAGAAUAGAGGCACUCUCUAAUUUGCCUCUGCUAUCUUUUCGUUUUUCCUUUUCCCUGUAAUCUUCUGCAGCACUGCUUCUGGGUUUCUACCAGAGGGUUCAGUGAUAUUAUGCAAUUCCAUCUCUAUUUUCUAGUUCUAUUCCUAGUAUCUAAUAUUGUUUCUACAUUUCCUUGCUGAAAACCGGGUUCCUAACAUUGGUAUCAGAGCACCGAUCUAGGUGCUGUGGUAGCCUUUGAUUUGCUAAGAUGUUUCCAGAAUUUGAUGGAAGAGUGGCUUAUGGAUGGAUCAUCACCGUAGAGCAGUACUGUGAGGCCAAGGGAAUAUCAGAGGAGAAGAAAUUCUCAGUGGCGGAGAAGGCAUUGACGCGUGAUGCUCUCCUUUGGUGGAACGACUGGAAAAGAAGAAAUCAGAGGGCAACAUGGAUGGAUUUUGUGAUAGCUCUACUCAGAAAAUUCGAACCAGAUUCUGAUUUGUUUCUGCCAGAUCCAGUUCAAGAUACUGGGGAGGAAGAAAAACAGACGGAUGAAACCAGAAAAGCCAAAGCCACAAACCUGGAACUGAGAAGAAAUUGGUGUGAAGAAUGGGUCAAGUUUCGUUGCACUGGUGAUGAACGGUUCGAAGGUGACUGGAUUUCAGAGAAUGAGGAAACUGAAGAGGAUCUGACAGAGAACAUCAUCGUUGCAAGGGAAGAGAUGACCAUUGCUGCGAAACUCCAGAUCUGCGACACUCUUCAGGAAUCAAGAGGUGAGGCGGCGGGAGUGAUGCUAAGUGUCAAGCAACCACCACCACCGGAGAUGAUAAAUCAGGAAGAGAAGAAGAUCGAACAAGUACCACCAGACCAAUCAUAUCGUGGGGCAGCGCUAACAUCGGCGACGCCCAUGUUCAUAACGAGGACAAGGUCAGUUUACGACCAACGGUUGUAUACUCUGCAGGCAACGGAAAGCGGAUUGGCCAAUUUGCCACCACCACAACCACCAGAUAAGUCGUGUCAUGCGGUGGUUGAAGAGACGCUCAGAGGAGCAAAAUGGAAGCAAACUCAAAAACAUCCACCACCAAAACCACCGGAGUACUUGGACUGUGGAUGUAAUCCGGCGGCGUACGCCACAACGCCGGCGCCGGCGAGGUCGGAGGACAAGGCUACACCGGCGACGAGAAUGAGAGAGAAGAUAGCAGAAGUUUCUAGACGUCAGAAGGCAAGUGCAUGGGCAAAGUGGGUGAAACAGGAAUUGGACCCUUCUCUCAGCAUAAUGGGCCUGGCCCAACGUGAUAGUAGCUGUGUUGCAACAGGAAAACUGAAGGCUCUGGAUACUGAAUGGAUUCAAGUUGUAUUCGAAGCACCUGAAUUGAAACUAGGAUCAUGGGAGGUUCAGUAUGGCGGCCAGAGUGAAGUUAAACUCCGAAUAACUUAUGUUGAUGAAAAAAUCAGGUUAGGAUUGGGUUCCAGGGGUUCCCUCUUUGUCUUUCAAAGAAGAUGAAAUCGAAAUGCAAUGAAUCAGGAGAAAUCUGAUGAGUGUGUAACUCUGCACAAUUUGAUGUACAAUAUGAUUAUCUGUGUAUAUUAGUAAGAGUUCAAAUAGAAAAUCUUUUUGAGAUCGCAUUACUCAGUUGCAGAGUUUGUCUCAAAAUAGAUUAGUUAUAGAUGCUAUGGCGCAAUUAAUUUGCUACCGAGACAAUCUUCCAUUGUGCAAAUUCUGAAUACUCAUCAGUGGUUGGGAUGGAUUUGCAAAUUCUGAACCAUCCUGAGCAAAUUAUUAGAAUACUAGUGUCACUCUAUAUUCUAUAAAUAGGGAACUCAUUGUAAUAUUUUCAUCAUCUUUUUCAUAAUGAUUGACUAUUGGAAUCAA